CUUCUCCACUACUAAGUGCUUGUCUGUUGUCAUUGACUGGAACUUAUGGCCCGUACAAUGUCACUUGCAAUCCCAAUCCAACAUCAGAUUCAGAAUCCAUUCAAAGUGCUGAUCUAGGCAUGCUUGCGGCAAGUUCAAUUCUGUACAUACUCAGGCGGUACAUACACGAGGCUUGUAUAUGCAUGAUUGGGCUGUGUUGUACGCACUGGCAGCUGCCUGUUAAGUAUAUCGACCACCUUCCUUCUCCGCAUCACUACGUCUCACCUACCCUCAACCCAUCUGAUCAAAAUGCCCUUUUCGCGGGUCAAGGAUUUCAUCAAGGACUUCGAUCUGGCCAAAGUACUCACUGUUCGAUCGAGGCGCCAACACAGAACGGACGCACGCAACGUAGUUCGACGACUGCCCACCAUGAAGGCGAUGACUUCAUCUCUGCAGACAUCACUGACGACUUUCGCUUCGUUUCACCUCUCUAUUCUAAUUCAUUGCCGAGAGAACCGGGUCCGGAAUUCUCCACCAAUGCAUCUUCCACCAGAUGCUCCUGGGGCGAAUCCUCUGCCCGCAAAGCUCCGACAUGGUUCAGACAUUUUACCCUUUGUACAGGCCGUUGCGGGUCCUAUUCCCCUAUAGAGCGACGGGCGCAAUACCAAGCGGUUACAUACCGAUGGACGUGCUUGUCCUUUCCGACACCUAUCAAUUUAGGAGGGUCAAACACAUUCUAACCGAAACUUCAAGACUUGGACGCUCAACACUGCACGGGAGGUCUUUGCACUGUACCUUGCAGUCUGGGUUGUUUUUAAACACUUCCGUGAAUU